CUUUUCUUUUCAUCUACAAUGACAAGUCCAUUCAAUUGGCUUUUAGGAAUUGGACGUUCACCAUCGACAUCCAAUUUAUCCAAUACAACUUAUCAAACACCUUUAAAUCAAACAGUUAAUACCACAGUCACACAAAAUCCACCAGUUGCAUCGACACCAAUUACAAAUCAACUUUCAUUCCAUCCUAUUCGAAGACAAAUUAGAAUCAAUCUGACGAAUUUCGUAGCCAAACUUACAUCAUCGAUAAUAUGA